AUGAGUGAUUUCAGUGAAGAAUUGAUAAGGUCCAAGACAGAGGAUGACCAGGAGGAAUCAUGUGUAUUGUCUGGUACAGGAAUGUAUUUUCCUUGGCUCCAAAAGCAUAUAGACACUGUGGAAACUGGAGGAAAAAAGGAGAAGGAUUUUGCUCAGACAACCAGUGCUUGUUUGAAUCGUAUCCAAGAAGCUUUGCUGAAGCACCAGUGGCCACAAGCUGCAGGGUACAUGCACAGUUACUUCCAGAUCCUGGAAGAUUCAGACAGCCACAAGAGGCAGGCUGCACCCGAGAUUAUUUGGAAGCUCGGAAGUGAAAUUCUAUUUUAUCAUCCCAAAAGCAACAUGGAGACUUUCAAUACCUUUGCUGACAGGAUGAAAAACAUGGGUGUCAUGAAUUACUUAAAGAUCUCCUUACAACAUGCAUUAUACCUUCUGCAUCAUGGAAUGCUUGAGGAUGCAAACAGAAAUCUCAGUCGUGCAGAGACGUGGAGAUACGGGGAAAAGUCAUCUUCCCAGGAAGUGUUAAUCAACCUUAUUCAGGCCUAUAAAGGGCUUUUGCAGUAUUAUACUUGGUCUAAAAAGAAGAUGGAAUUGUCUAAUCUUGAUGAAGAUGACUAUGCUUACAACACAGCAUCCCAGACUAUGCUCAACCACAGUUGGAAGACAUCGGUAAACCUUGGUGCCUUGAUUCAAACUCCUGGAGUUUGGGACCCUUUUGUGAAGAGUUAUGUAGAGAUGCUGGAGUUCUAUGGGGAUCAAGAUGGAGCCCGAGAGGUACUCACCAAUUAUGCCUAUGAUGAAAAGUUCCCGUCAAAUCCAAAUGCUCACGUCUACUUAUACAACUUUCUAAAGAGGGAGAAGGCACCAAGAGAGAAACUGAUAAGUGUGCUGAAGAUUUUGUAUCAGAUUGUACCAUCUCAUAAACUCAUGUUAGAAUUCCAUAGAUUACUGAAAAAAUCAGAAAAAAAAGACCACCAUAAACUUGGGCUGGAAGUAUUAUUUGGAGUCUUAGAUUUUGCUGGAUGCACUAAAAAUAUAACUGCUUGGAAAUAUUUGGCAAAAUAUCUGAGACAAACUUUAAUGGGGAACCACCUUGCCUGGGUCCAAGAAGAGUGGAACUCCAGGAAAACCUGGUGGCCUAGCUUUCACUUCAGCUCCUUUUGGGCAAAAAGCGAUUGGAAAGAGGAUAUAGCUUUGGCUUGUGAGAAGGCUUUGGUAGCUGGAAUACUGUUAGGAAAAGGUUGUAGAUACUUUCGGUAUAUUUGCAAACAAGAUCAUCAAGUCUUAAGGAAAAAAAUAAGGCGGAUAAGGAAAUCUGUGAAAAAACACAGUAUUGUAAACCCAGGACUCUGA